UCUCUUUUUUCAUCCCCAUCCAAACUUGAGGCUGUGGCUAAAGUUAGAUUGGCCUGCGGAGGGGUAUAUAAGCCCCCGGGGAUGUACGACUAACGCGGCUUCACACUAUCUUCUCCUCCUUGACCAGCCAAACCUCCACUCAUACCGUCUCAAGAUGUCCCCAAAGAAGGCAAAGAGGAGGCAGGCAGCAGGAGAUAGCGGCUCCUCCAACGUGUUCUCCAUGUUUGAGCAGAGCCAGAUUCAGGAGUACAAAGAGGCUUUCACAAUCAUUGACCAGAACAGAGAUGGUAUCAUCAGCAAAGAUGACCUGAGGGACGUGCUGGCUUCAAUGGGUCAAAUUAACACGAAAGCUGAGGAGCUGGACGCCAUGAUCAAGGAGGCCAGCGGUCCCAUCAACUUCACCGUCUUCCUCACCAUGUUCGGCGAGAAGCUGAAGGGUGCUGACCCCGAGGACGUUAUUGUUACCGCCUUCAAGGUCCUGGACCCCGAGGGUACUGGGGCCAUCAAGAAGGAAUUCCUUGAGGAGCUCCUGACCACUCAGUGCGACAGGUUCACCAAGGAGGAGAUCAAGAACAUGUGGUCCGCCUUCCCCCCAGAUGUUGCCGGCAACGUGGACUACAAGAACAUCUGCUACGUCAUCACACACGGAGAGGAGAAGGAGGAGUAAAGAGAAAGCUAGAAGUCAAGAAAGACAGCAAUCCCUUUGCUAUUCUGCCUUCCUUCCCUGCCCUCUUCUUUCCUCCUCUUCCUCCUCGCCCACCUUCUGUGUGAACCCAUGUGCUCAGCCGUUCAUGGUCGAACCAAAGACUUGUCACACUGACACAUGAGAGGACUGCUGCCCAUGGGGUGUCUAUGUUUGCUUAUGGGGAAUAGGGUUGAUUUCCAAUAAAAUUAUCCUGUAACAUCAUUUCCAUCAACAAGAUUUUCUCAAAAAACUUUUUUUUCUCCUUGCAACCAUCUUCUGUCUUCUCACCUCUACAUCUCUGUCUGCCCCGUCACCUCCACCUCUGAGGUGUUUGUGUGAAUGAAAAGUGUCCCUCUGCUUCCCUCAGCAUCUGAGGAGAAGACAGGUGUAUUUACUACUGGGAUAUGAGGACUUCAUUCCUGAUUUUGAAGAUGUCCUCCUGGGUGGAAAAGGUGAGAGGAGGGAGAGCAUUUGCAGGUCAGAAAGGAAAAAGUUGCCUCCUUAAAGUGACGACAACUUUUUUCCUUGAAAAGUGUAAAAAAGAAAAAAAAUACCUGAAGGAGGGGAGAGAAAGGGCCGAAAGAAAACAUUCAAGUCUUCGAUUUCUUUCCCUCCGCUCCUUCCUGCAACCAUUAAAUCAUCUUUUUCUUUCCAUAAGCUGGACUCUUCCUAACCUUUCCUCUGUAAAGAAUAAAAGGGACAAACUGUGAAUAAAAUCUCCUUUUGUACAAUA